CAUAGUGUUGUGGAGUUAGGUUUCUGGGUAACACAGGGUAAACAGAAGUCGAGACAACAUCGGCCUUAAUAAUUUGCACCUUUGUAGACGUGUUCACUGUGGCUGCAACCGCUUUAAUUACGUUUCCAAACACGUGUCUCGUUCAGUCGGCCACUUAGGGAGGAAAAUUAACAUUUGUUAUACUGUAUUAUUACAAACACAAAAGGCAUCUGCUCCUCGGUGUCAGCACACUGAUUAGACUGAAUAGAGGACCCUGGAUUUGAAUAUCCCGCCCAUCCAGGCGGCUUCUCUGAGCUGCACAGAGGCGGGGAUUCAGCGCUGUCUUUCCUACAGCUUAGUCAGUCGUGUGUCGGGAAGCUCCGGUCCGCGAAAAGCCAAGUCUCACCGGAACAGCUUUGAAAAACAACUUUGAUUUACCACGAAGCAUUUUCUUUUUCCCGCCGAGAAUCGACGCCGUUUCUCUGAGUCGAGAAUUCAAUCCAGUUUCCCAGUUUUUCCCUGGAGAUGUGUUGCUUGAACAAGUAGGAGCGGACAGCGCUGCACACGAAGCCGGGAUGAGUGGCAGCUCCGCGGUGUCCGGCGCGGCGCCCUGCCGCUUCGCCCACUAUUUUGUUAUUUGUGGGAUAGACACAGAAACUGGACUGGAACCGGACGAGUUAGCAGCUUUGUACCAGUGGCUAGAAGCAGACCGGCAGGGCAGGGAUCCAGAUACUGCAGCCACAGGUGAAAACUUUGAACAAAGUCCCCUGAAGAGGACAUUCAAGUCCAAAGUUCUGGCGCGCUACCCUGAGAAUGUGGAGUGGAACCCUUUCGACCAGGAUGCUGUCAACAUGCUGUGUAUGCCUAAAGGCCUUUCAUUCCGGACACAGGCGGACCAGCGUCACCCUCGCUUUCAUUCCUUCAUCAUCACCAAGGAGGAUGGCUCUCGUACUUAUGGCUUCGUCCACACUUUUUACGAGGAGGUGACCAGCCCACAGAUUUGUUCUGCCAUGCAGACCCUCUACCAGAUGCACAAUGCAGAGCACGCCUCCACCAACCCCCCUUCCUCCUCCUCCUCCUCCUCCUCCUCCUCCUCCUCCAGCAUGGACUCUCUGGCCAGCAGUUUAGACGAGGCUGACUCCCCCACCUCCUCAUCUGCCUCGUCUUCAUCUCGUGCGGCUGGGGGGUAUGACUCAUCGCGUGACACCCUCUAUGUGUCCAAAGCUUUGUGCCUGAUAACCCCCAUGCCGUUCAUGCAUGCCUGCCGCCACUUCCUGUCACAGCUGCACAGGGCUGUUACAGUAGCCACUGCCCCCCCGUUGCCACUAGAGAGCUACGUUCACAACAUCCUGUAUGAGGUGCCCCUACCCGCCCCAGGCCGCACACUCAAGUUCCACGGUGUCUACGAGCCCAUCCUGUGCCAGAGGCCUGGGCUGGGGGAGCUGCCGCUGGCUGACUUCCCCCUGGCUGAGUCCUUCAAUCUGCUGGGAGUGGAAAACCUGGUCCAGGUGUUCACCUGCACCCUGCUGGAGAUGCAGAUCCUCCUGUAUUCACAGGACUACCAGCGGUUGAUGACAGUGGCAGAGGGCAUCACCACCCUGCUGUUUCCCUUUCAGUGGCAGCAUGUCUACGUUCCCAUCCUGCCAGCCUCCCUCCUCCACUUCCUGGAUGCUCCUGUUCCCUACCUCAUGGGCCUGCAGUCCAAGGAGGGCACUGACCGCUCCAAGCUAGAGCUUCCUCAGGAGGCCAACCUGUGUUUUGUGGACAUUGACAACCACUACAUCGAGCUUCCAGAGGACUUUCCCCAGUUCCCCAACAAGACCGAGUUCAUCCAGGAGCUCAGUGAGGUACUGCUGACUUUUGGCAUCGCAGCCAACACAGGGGCCCCACCGCGGACUCGCAGCAGUCCCGGCAGCAUCCCCUCCACACCGAGCAGGGAGCGUAAAGCCAUGGCCCUCCAGCAGCUGGAGGAUGACGGGCAUAACGGCAACCUGGCAGGGGAGGAGCUCGCUGUGCUGGAGCUGUUGCAGGGAAACGCCACCCUGGAGAGGCUGCAGGCGCUGACCAAACGCACUGGCGUGACAGUGGCCCGUGUUGAUGCCCUGAGGGCUGGAGUCAAAGCUCAGGUGACUGACAAGCAAGGGGGCCGAACAGCAGCUGAAGAGGAGGAGCUAAGAAAUGCCAAGCUGAAUGUCCAGCUUAGGGAGGUGUUCGCCAGCCGCUUCACCACCAUGUUUGCUGACUAUGAAGCCUUUGUGAUCCAGAGCGCCCCGGACCUGGAGUCCUGGCUCACCAACAGGGAGCAGAUGCACAACUUCGACAAGGCCUCUUUCCUGUCAGACCAGCCGGAGCCCUACCUGCCCUUCCUCUCACACUUCAUUGAGACGCAGAUGUUCGCCACCUUCAUUGAUAACAAAAUCAUGUCCCAGUGGGAGGAGAAGGAGCCGCUGCUCCGUGUCUUUGAUGCUCGCAUCGACAAGGCCCGUCUCUACAACGUGCGCGCUCCCAGCCUUCGAUCCUCUAGCUACCAGAGGUGCUCUGUCCUCAGGGAGUCUGCUCAGGCCAUCGAGCAGCGGCUGAUGAAGAUUGAUCAUACAGCCAUCCACCCUCACCUGCUGGACAUGAAGAUCGGUCAAGGCAAAUAUGAGCAGGGAUUCUUCCCCAAACUGCAAGCCGACGUGCUCAACACAGGGCCGACCAAUAACAAGUGGUCUCAUAGGACGGCGACAGCUCAGAGAAGGAAGGAUCGCCACAGACAACAAACAGAGCAUCUGAACCUGGACAAUGACCUGAAAGAGAAGUACAUGCAGGAGGCCCGCAGCCUGGGGAAGAACCUCCGACAGCCCAAACUGUCUGAUCUGUCUCCUGCCGUCAUUGCUCAAACCAACUGGAAGUUUGUGGAGGGGCUGCUCAAGGAGUGUCGCAUGAAGACCAAGCGUAUGCUGGUGGAGAAGAUGGGCCGGGAGGCAGUGGAGCUGGGCCAUGGGGAGGCUAACAUCACUGGACUGGAGGAGAACACUCUGAUCGCCAGCCUGUGUGACUUACUGGAGAGGAUCUGGAGCCACGGGCUGCAGGUCAAACAGGGGAAGUCAGCCCUGUGGUCCCACCUGCUGCACUACCAGGCUCGAGAGGAGAAGCUGGAGCAGCAGCAGGCCGAGUCACCAUUGUCACAUGUUCCUGAGAGAAGGAAGUCUGAUUGCUCCAUAUCGCUGUCGUGUCUCCGUGUGUCUCUCAUACAGGACAUGAGGCACAUCCGGAGCAUGUCUGAGAUUAAGACGGACGUGGGCAGAGCAAGAGCCUGGAUCCGUCUGUCCCUGGAGAAGAAGCUGCUCUCUCAGCACCUCAAACAGCUGCUGUCCCGACAAGCCUUAACCAAGAAUUUGUAUAAACGUUACGCCUUCCUGCGCUGUGAGGAGGAGAAGGAGCAGUUCCUCUUCCACCUGCUGUCGCUCAACGCCGUCGACUACUUCUGCUUCACUAGCGUCUUCACCACCAUCAUGAUCCCGUACCGAGUUGUCAUCAUCCCCAUCAAGAAGCUGAGUAAUGCCAUGACUACCUCCAACCCCUGGGUGUGUGUGUCAGGAGAGCUGGGAGACUCAGGUAUCAUGCAGAUCCCCAAGAACGUCCUGGAGAUGACCUUUGAUUCUGCUUUCAGGCCUCACACACACAUCUCCAUCUUGUUCAAGUGUCAGAACCUGGGGAAGCUGACCACAGUGCAGCUGGGUCAUGAUAACGCUGGUCUCCUGGCUAAAUGGCUGGUGGACUGUGUCAUGGUGCGUAAUGAGAUCACAGGACACACGUACAGGUUCCCAUGUGGUCGAUGGCUCGGUAAGGGCGUGGAUGACGGCAGCCUAGAGAGGGUUCUGAUCGGUGAGCUGGUGGUGCCCAGUGGAGAGGAAGAUUCUGGGAGAGGCUGCCGUACGCCCCCACCACAGCGCUCACCGUCCCAGACCAGACGCAUCAGCAUCACAUCAUUGUCUGGACGAGGAUCCAAACCAACGUCGGACCAAAUCCAGGAGGCCAUUGGGGCAGCAGUGAACAACAUCGUCAAACACUUCCACAAACCAGAGAAAGAGAGAGGCAGCCUGACAGUGCUGCUGUGUGGAGAGAACAGCUUGGUAGCAGCUCUAGAGCAGUUCUUCCAUCAUGGUUUCAAGUCUGCCCGACUCUUCCAGAAGACAGUGUUCGUGUGGGACUUUGUGGAGAAGGCUGUCGCCUACAUGGAAUCAGCUGAUCAGAUGGGGGAUCUUCAGGAGACUGCACAGCCCCUGGGGAUGACCUGUCAAUCACUCUGUCACUAUAUCAACGCCAUCAACUCCACCCCCAGGAGCAUUGGCAAGGACGGGAAGUUCCAGCUGCUGGUCUGCCUCGGAGCCAGAGAUCGCCUGCUGCCCCAGUGGCUCCCCCUGCUGGUGGAGUGCCCGGUGAUCCUGCGGAUGUACGAGGACACAGCUCUUCUCAGAGACCGCACAACUGUUAGCGCCCUCAUCGGUGUCCUGGAGACGCUGCACGAUUUCCCCAUCACACUGGAAUCCUCGCUGGUCAAAGGCAUUGACCUUUAACCCCAGGAGAGGGACAGCUGUUAAGCCUCCAUCACCACCAGCUUCACCUACUCUGCUGUCUUUCAGCCAAUCGGCUCUGUGAUCAGACAGACAAGGGAGAAAGGAAGUGAGGGACAGCUGAGUGGCAUUAAUACGUAUUUGUUACCAAAGCAAAACGUUUCCACAGCUUCAUGUGAAAAUUCAGGAUUACAGAAGCUUGGAUGUUGUAUUAUGAAUUAAAUUACAGCCAUAUCAGCUUUAUCAUGUUUUACUUCAUUACAGCAAAUCCCAGAUACUUUACAUCACUGUGUUCACUUUUCUAAACACACCAUCAGUUAGACUUCCUCAAUCCCAGGUAUUCUUUGGUUUCAGUUCAGUUCAUUCUCUCACACGACUGUCUGAUUUCUCUUCUCUGCCUGUGGCUAUCAGUUCAUAGCUGAUUGGUUCCUGAUGAUAAAUCUCUAAAAACACCUUUUCCAAAAAACAGCUCAUUAAUGUCCUUAGACAUAAGGUCUCUGUAGCUGUUGUCAAUCAAACAGGAAGGAGCAGUGCAUUUGUUGGGGACUAUUUUGAGCAGUAGAUGAAUUCACAUUUUCUGGAUUAUUUUUGGCAGCAGUACGGUGUGUGUGUACGUGUGCGUGUGUGUGUAUGGGAUCAAAAUAACUUACAAUGUGUGUGUUCACGGUGAUGAAGGAACAUGUCAGUGUAACUGUGUCUCACUGAUCACUGAUGGAAACAGUGGAGCGCUAUGACAGUGUCACACACAUAGAACUUCAUUCAGAUAUUCAGUAAGAAAAGAGAUAUUUAAUUUACACAAACGAAGACUUUCUAACAGUCCGAGCUCUAAAUGGCAUUAACAUGUGAUGUUAAUGUAAUUAAAUAGCAAAUAACAACAAACUAAUUAAAGUUGAUUAACUGGGAUGAACUGAAACAGUGGCUGGAAGGAAGGAAGUCAGACUUACAUGAUGUGUCUUUAAAAGUGUGGUCACAGUAGCUGACCUUUCCCUGUGUGCUGUCUGUGUAGCCUCGCUCUCCUCCAGUAGGUACAAGUACAUAAACUAUCCCUAUCCUCACAUGAUAGUGAGCAUGCCUUUGGGAUGUGGAAAGAAAAGACAGCCUCAGGAAGAGACUGAGCGAUCACUGAUGUAACAGAAGGAGGAUUAUAAAAGUGACUGUGACAGUGAUGGAGUCCUGAAACUCACUGACUACCACACAGUGCAGGGCUGCGGACACACCAACUAUCCAUGUCUCUUUAAUUCACUGGUGUUGGACACUCAACUCCCAGCCUGUGUAUGAACACAAACACUGACCUGAGUCAGGACGUUAACCUGUGGCUGCACGGACAUUCCUACCAAAGCACAGGCAUCGACCUGGCUGGUUUAAACCUGCUGUCUAAGUGUGUGUGUGAUAUCUCAAGUGUGUGUGAUAUCUCAAGUGUGUGUGUGUAUGCCCACCAAUUAUUUUUAUAUCUUCCAGCUGUAAAUUUUCAAAGUUAUCUACUCUCUGUGUGUGUGUGUGUGUGUGUGUGUGUGUGUGUGUGUGUGUGUGUGUGUGUGUGUGUGUGUGUGUGUGUGUGAAGUUUUGUGUCUUUUAAUCAGGAAAGCCUGGAGGAGAGAUUCACAGUGUCUGGGCUCUUUAUGGACAUACUGAGUGAAUCCCUCCAUAGAUAAAAUGCAUCACUCAUGUCAAAUGGUGGAGGUGUAACACUUUCAGCUUAUAAAAACAAACCAUCAACUCAUGAAUCCAGAGAGAUUUUCUCUUAACUAAGUUAAUAUGAAACACUGUAUGUGGCACUUAAAAAGACAGAUUCUCAUCAUGGCAUUGUUUUACUGGAAGAGUUAAACAUUUAGGGAAGUACACUCACUCACUGAUGUCUGUGAGUCCAGAGCUGAGUCCAGUAACUUCCGCUGAACCACAAACUGUUAUAUUUACAGUUUUGUUUAUGUAAAUACAAAAAGAGCAGUGUUCAAGUUAUUUCUCUCUUUGGACAGAAUCUGCUCCUUCAGUUCACCUGACUUUGUCCUUAACUCACAGACAGGAGGUUGAUAUUGAUCUUCUCACUUCACUCUGUUUUAAAGCAAAACAACAUUAGUUAAAGCACAAUGGAGUGUUUCUGGUGCUUUUACGAGGAUAAGCAGAGGAAGUUCAAACUCACAUUGGCCAGGACUGUGUACAUGUCAUCUGUAAUGUUUUUAAAAGAGGAGGUUCAAUCCUAAAAAUUGGAAAUACAGGAGAUUUUGUAGGGGACUAUUUUCAGCAAGGUUUUAACACACAGGUGAUUCACUUAUUCAAAGUAAGCAUGUACUGUUGAUUUACUUGUUUAUAGGCUCAGUUCAUUGUUGGUUUGGGUCUUUAUCUGGGAUUUGUUGACAGUAAAAAGUAUUUUUAAUAAUAAUAUUAAUAAUACUGCUAAUUCCCAUAGUACAUGAAUGCAGCAUGAACUCUGGAGGGAAUGGGGUCUUACUCUUUUUUUCUUAUAUUAAAGACCUCAGUCCCCACCUCCUCCAAACACACAAACUGUAGAUUUUGUCUACAUCAGCAGCAUCUAACAGACAGGUAGGAACUCUAAUAACAGUUUUUUUCUUAAUCUGCUGCUGCAUGAGAGAUUUUACCACUGUUGCCACAUAGCGUUGUCUAACUGAACCCUUUCUGAGAAACAGUGUAAAUAUUGUCCUCAGUGCAUGUUGACCUUCUGUCUGAUGUGUAUUUAUUGUGGUUCUACUGAUUUCUAGUUGAACAAUGAGUUUUAGGUGUUCUUUUUUAUAACCCCAGGUCUUUGUAGGAUUUUAGCUGUUUCCUGCAUUGAGUCUGUGAAUGACAUGGUGUGUCAUGGUUUUCUUUGCAUGUCUUGAUUUCAUGUAUUUAUUAAUUUAAUAUUAGAAAUGGUAGGCUGAGAGCAGCACUGGUAGGUUUGAGUUUGAUAAAGCCUGUGGAAUAACUGGAAACAUUUCAUGUCUCAAACAGUAACCACUAUUUCACAAUGUUUAACUCUCUGUGCUUUGGCUGCUGUGCUCUCCAUGCCUCACCUGCAGCAUAACAGCUCCAUUUUACACUGGAUUAGUUUGUGUACAAACUGAGGACUUGUGAUGUGGACUAUUGAGAUUCCUCCCUUGGCUGACGCACAGUUUCUUCACCGGGUGAAUCUGUUACGUGAACAUGUAGUGUGGCGAAUGGUAUUCACCCUGAAUGGAUCUGCGACAGGAAAUAUUGGACUGACGACUCUUUUCUGAUAUUUAUUAUGACUAUUUCAAUAAAAGCACCUUUUGUGUUAAAGUUUCUAUUUAUGUGUGUGUCCAUAAACUACACUCUAUGCAUGUACAGUUUGUCCACCUUUUAGAAACAUUAAAGUGAAAAAAAUCUUA